GGCCUGACCUCCUCUUUUGCAGUUUUCAUGGCGAUCUGAAGAAGGGGAAAGGCUUGCAAGCCCACUCACAUUGAUUCUGCAAUAAUCGGGAGAGAUUUGACUGGAGAACUCAAGCAGAUGUAUUAUGGGAAGAGACUAACUAGACAGCGAUACACUGAGGCAGAUAGAUUGUGAUAAACAUACACGGAAACUCUGAAGGUGUUCUGCAGUUACUUCUGUUCUGUGCAGAGAGAAUUGUUGUUUUGUGGAUAGCCUAGCUGAGACAGCGUUGGGUUGACCUAGGUGAAGAUCACCGGCCAAUGGCACUGAUGGAUAAACACAAAGUCAAAAGACAGAGAUUGGACCGCAUCUGUGAAGGCAUUCGCCCCCCCAUUCUGAACGGGCCGCUGCACCCCCGCCCCCUGGUGGCGCUGCUGGAUGGGCGGGACUGCACCGUGGAGAUGCCCGUCCUCAAGGACGUGGCCACCGUGGCGUUCUGCGACGCCCAGUCCACCCAGGAGAUCCACGAGAAGGUGCUGAACGAGGCGGUGGGUGCUCUGAUGUACCAUACCAUCACGCUCUCGCGGGACGACCUGGACAAGUUCAAGGGGCUGCGCAUCAUCGUGCGCAUCGGGAGCGGCUACGACAACGUGGACAUCAAGGCCGCGGCCGAGCUGGGCAUCGCGGUGUGUAACGUCCCGGCCUCGUCGGUAGAGGAGACGGCGGACACGGCUCUGUGCCUGAUCCUGAACCUGUACCGGCGGGUCACCUGGAUGCACCAGGCCCUGCGCGAGGGCACCCGCGCCUCCAGCGUGGAGCAGAUCCGCGAGGUCGCCGGCGGCGCCGCCCGAAUCCGCGGAGAGACGCUGGGCAUCAUCGGCCUGGGACGGACGGGCCAGGCGGUGGCUCUGCGGGCGAAGGUUUUCGGGUUCAGCGUGAUCUUCUACGACCCGUACCUCCCCGAUGGGGUGGAGAGAUCCCUGGGCCUGCAGCGCAUGCCCACCCUGCAGGACCUGCUCAUGCACUCCGACUGCGUGUCUCUACACUGCAGCCUCAACGAGCACAACCACCAUCUCAUCAACGACUUCACCAUCAAACAGAUGCGUCAGGGUGCGUUCCUGGUGAACACGGCCAGGGGGGGGCUGGUGGAUGAGAAGGCCCUGGCCCAGGCGCUGAAGGAGGGCCGGAUACGGGGGGCCGCCCUGGACGUCCACGAGACGGAGCCCUUCAGCUUCUCGCAGGGCGUGCUGAAGGACGCUCCUAACCUCAUCUGCACGCCGCACUCAGCCUGGUACAGCGAGCAGGCCUCUGUGGAGGCCCGGGAGGAGGCGGCCAGGGAGGUGCGCCGCGCCAUCACAGGACGCAUCCCAGACAGCCUGAAGAACUGUGUGAAUAAGGAGUAUCUGAUGGCCACGCCCCAGUGGCCCGGCAUGGACCCCGCCUCCGUCCACAGCGAGCUCAACGGAGCCGCCGCGUACAGGUUCCCUGCGGGUCUGGUUGGGGUCACAGCGGGCGGGUUGUCAGGAGCCGGGGCGGCGGUGGAGGGGAUUGUUUCGGGGUCCCUGCCCAUGGCCCAUGGCAUCGCCCCCGUGUCCCGCCCCCCUCACACCCCGUCGCCAGGACAACCCUCGAAGGCGGAGACAGACCGGGACAUCCCAGCUGACCAAUAACCCCCCUCCACGAAAAAAAAAGAGAAAAAUAUCCAAUAGCACCUCCACAUUCCGUCACCCGCGGAAACACCCCCGACCUUUUCACGGGCAGAUUGACUCUGGCGUCCCGGUCCGAUCUUGUCCAAUUCUGGUCCAGUCCCACAGAACCAAACAGGACACGUCUCAUGAGGGACCCGUCAGAUGUCUCUCCUUCCAUCGUUCCUCUCUCUCGCUCUCUCUCUCUGUCACACUCCUCUUUUCAUCCUCUUUCCUUUUUUCUCAACGUGUCGUAAGCAAUAACAGUCUUCUCAAGGAUUUGGCUCUUUCUAGUUUUGCCUUCGUCUCUCUCUGUCUCUCUUACAUGUCAAGGUGUUCCUUUCUGUCUUGUCUGAUGAGAGUUUUGUCUAGAUUAACUCAGUCUAGUUUUCUUAGAAGUGCAUUUGGACUGAAGUACUGAAAAUUUUGGACAAGGUUAAGCAUGUGGCAGAAUAUUUUUCCCUUCAAAAUCCCAAUUGGAUGUGUAAGCUUUUCCUGACUGGGAUUUGGAAUUUAAACUAAUUUCUAACAUUCAGAAAGAAGGGUGAGGUAAACCUGGACACGAUCACCUCUUCUGGCAGCCUUUAUACCGAUUCAUCCACCUUUAGUGUUUCUCUCCGGUGAAAUGUGUGAAUGCCCCGCCCGUUAUACCUGCGUUUGGGGUGCUUUUGACCUACUUCCUCUUCCUGUGUCAGAGGUCAGAGGUCGGCUGUGCGUCCCUGUUCACACUGAACCUCCAGACCCACAAACCUGAAGUUGAUCAUAGGGGGGAGAUUGAGGAUUUUGGCAUCGCUGUUCCAUUGUAGUUGCAGCUCGGGGGUUUUAUAAGUCUCUAAAACUGAACUAUUCUCCUCGCCCCAUACUUCCAGAUAGGAGUAGCCGAGUGGAGGAAAGAGGAUACAUUGUGUGGAGUAAUGGGACUCAUUCUGGUUAGCUACUGAAUUGACGGCUGACUGCUGUGCACUAGAGUACAGGGGCUUCCCCCGGGACAUGGUGUGAUGUGGUGUUCAGGCCACCUGGUGGCGCCUGUCUUUAUUCUCAGCCUGCACUAGCAGCUCAUCUCCGACAUUUAAUGCAGCAGGGCAGGUCUCUGUGGUGCCUGCAAACACAACGGCCUCCAGGGCCAGAGGAGGAAUGCGCGGUGCUGUCCGCUAACGCCACUAACUUCCAAAAGACUUGGUUGGGUUUACUUCUGUUCAAACACGCACUCGUUCUCUCCUCCUCUUUCCAUCUUCUGCCUCUCUCUCUCUCUCUCUCUUUUCCCUCCCUUCAUCGUCACGGUCGCAUCUCCUAAAAGCCCCGCCCUACCUUGUGACACGGUGGAACUCGGGAGCGACGUCGCCCUGGCAACGCUCGAGAGUUCUGGAGCUUUGAGCAGCACGUGGUCCAAACCUGGGAACCCCCC